AUGCUUAGAAACAACGGCUCUGUUGCCAAUAUAUAGUAAACGUAAUCUACUACAUCGUUGCUAUAAGCAUUGGUCAACUCAAGACCUAAAUCGUCUUAAAAACGAAUCCCGUCUGCUAAAAAUACAAUAGUACAAUAAAAAAAUAUCCAACGAUGUGAUCCUAAAUUAGUAUUACCAGAACCUCCUAAAUCAACUCGUACUCUUGACAGUGAUAAAAAAUAAUAACCAUAACAAUAAAAGAAACUUACAUUAAUUCAGAGAACAAUGAUAAAUAAACCCUAAGAACGUUAACGAAUCAAUAGUUCAGGAUAAAAAGAAGUACCUAAAGAAAAAGAUGAGUCAUAAUAAACUAUUCCUGACAUUGAAAUUUCUAAAUAAGUAACUGUAUUUGCACUUUCAGAAUAAGAUUAAAAUACUUCUGAACCAAAACAUAAUACUCCAUUACUAACCACUCAAACAUCUGUUCCUUUAUCAAAAUAUGUUAUGCGUCUCUCUAAGGGUGCUAAUAUCAUUCCUAAAAAAUAGUAGGAUCGAAAAAGAAUGAAUAGUCCAGUCAGAAGAGCUACUAAAGAAAAUAUUUAUUCACCUGUCCCUACUAUGAAUAAGGAAACCAAAAUUAAAAUGAGAAGUGUCUCUCCAGAUAGAAGAUUAAUGCCUAAAUAAAGCUUAGGACCUUCAUCUCCUUAUAAUGAUUUCGAAUACUACAUGAGUUUCUUAAGAUACUUUCAUAACAAAUAAUCUAAAAAUGAAAUCAAAUAAUUAUUUAACCAAAAAAAUAACUAAUACUUUUUAGACAUUUACCAAGAUCAUUUUUAAUAAAGCUAUCACGCCCUUCAAUAUUGCAAAGAUAUUGUUAAACCAUCAUCAAACACUAUUGCUAAUAAGAUUGUCAACCUACCUGAUAAUAAAUGUAAUUUUCUAAAAUUUAUUUAGUUAAAAAAACCAUUAUUUUUGAUUUAGAUGAAACCUUGAUUCAUUGUUAAGAAUCUAAUGAUGAUCCAUCAGAUACUGUGCUAACCAUUAAAUUUCCUACUGGAGAAACAGUUCAAGCAGGAAUUAACCUUAGACCCUAUUGCAGAGAAAUGUUGGCCAUACUGAGUCAAAAGUAUGAAAUCAUAGUAUUUACUGCUUCACAUGAAUGCUAUGCCUAAAAAGUUAUUAAUUAUAUAGAUCCAGAGAAAAAAUGGGUUCAUCAUCGAUUUUUUAGAGAAAGUUGUGUUGUCGUAGAUGAUGGCCUUCAUGUUAAAGAUUUGAGAGUAAUAGGCAAUCGAAAUAUCAAAGAUCUAGUUUUGGUAGACAAUGCUUCUUACUCAUUUUGUUUUUAAAUAGAAAAUGGUAUUCCAAUCAUUCCUUUUUAUGAUAAUGGUUCUGAUAGAGAAUUAUAAUAUCUAACCUCUUACUUGCUUGAAUUGAUGUAGGAAUAAGAUAUUCCUGCUAAGAAUUUAUAGAAAUUUAAAACCAAUUUAUAUUAGGAAUCAACUAUUGAACAUCUAUUAAAUACUAUUUGA